AUGGCUGCCAACGGUCGUCAACAGAGCUACGGGGCUCCUACUGCCGGAUACAAGGGUCAGCAUGUGCUCAACAAUCAAGGUCAUGGGUCCGCCCAAUACCUCCCCCGAGGUCUGCCUAUGUCCCCCCAUGGUGAUAAUGGAAUGCAAGGUCUGACGAACAACAUGGCAGUCCUCGGCAUGCACGCCCCAUAUGGAUCCGCCGCUACUUCUAAGCCUGCCAACUCUGCACUACCAGGCGGUUCUUCCGACUACGGCAAUAUCCCAAUCUCCAAUGGCCAGGGACUCUGGGUCCCGAACCAGCAUGUCAUUGGAUCCAUGUAUCCGAUGAUACCUGGCGCUCAGCAUCAGGCCGGUAUGACACCUUCUCCUGGCAUGUAUAGCCAUGCUGGCACGUAUGUUCAGCAGGCAGCAUAUCAGUAUGGCCAAGGCGUCAUCGACAACAGCCCUGUUCCACCUGCUUGGGCGACUCGUAUGUCAUCGGCGGAGAUCCCAUCGCUCAUGACGCCCCGCCGUGACUCCAUCUCCUCCAAUGAGAAUGACAACCCUGGCACACCUCACGGUAGUGGUGGCAUGUACCGUUACGGCAACAACACUGCUAUCAUGGACCGUUCCCCAAACGCACUUUACUUGAGCAGUGCUACCCCUUCCCCAUCACAGUUGGCCCAUCCCUACCAGGUCAUGGCCCCGAUACAGAAGCAGCAAACCAUACCUACAUUGCCUCCGCAUCUGCUGUCGCUGGUGCACCAAGAGCCACCUAUUCCCCGGGCUAUUCCCGCUCCUAGCUCCCCACACAAGCCACUCGACCGUAGCCUAGAGAACAAGACUGGUGAGACCAACGUCUACAUCCGUGGGCUGCUUCCUGAGACUACGGAUGAGAUGCUUCAUAUGUGGGGCAAGCGCUUUGGUGACAUUCAGAGCUCCAAGUUCGGCUUCAUCAAAUAUCAUAACUUCGAGGAUGCUGAGGACUGCAUUCGUGGCUUUCACUAUCUUGGAUACGAAGUCAGCUUCGCUCGUGAAUCCUUCUACUCUAAGCUCAAGAAGUUCGCUGACGAGAGCAACACCAAUCUUUAUGUGUCCAACAUUCCCAAGAACAUGAAUGAGCAUGAACUCGCUUCAAUAUUCGCACCUCACAAAGUGUGUUCGAGCAGAAUACUCCGUGACUCUUCUGGCACUGGCCGUGGUGUCGGCUUUGCUCGUUUUGAAUCUCGCGAUAUCUGCGACCUGGUCAUCAAGGAAUUCAACAAUACUCCUGUGUCUAAGCCUGGUGGCGAGGAACAUCUCAUUCAGAUCCGCUUCUCAGAUACACAUGAGCAGAAGAUGCUGAAGCAACAAACUGCUGCAGGCCGCGUAUUUCGUGCUGCAGAGUAUGAAGUCGGCGUUGCUCAGGCCAGGGCUCUGGGAACGCCUGAUCGUUACCUUUCCGCGUCCCCGAUUUCGCCAGGCCACGCCAACGAAUUCGAGAUGUUCAUGCGCGGUCAGCGGCAGCCAUGGUCGCCCCCAGUACCAUCUACACUGGGCCCUGCUAGGUCUUCUGUCUACUACAUGCCCCAGGGCGGACCCAUCAAGAGCGACGAUGAUACUUCGGAGAAUGGUGUUGAAGUCAAGACAAACCCCGCGACUCCAGUCAAGGCUGAUGACAAGUCGGCUUCGCCAAGCCGGUUCUCCAACCGCAACGACUGA